AUGGAAGCAAAGUUUGCAAGGGUAUUGGAUAGUGGUCGGCAUGCUGUUGUUGACUUGAAGAGAAAGCGAGCGACCAGCGGGACCUGUUUUAAGGGAGAUACUGACCUGGUGUUGCCUCUACGAUCUACUGCCAGUUCCUUCGUCCGCAAGCUUGGCAAACGGAGGAAAUUGUAUGAAUCUAAAAGCAAGCAUGGUUUUUGUUCCAUAUCCUCUGGGAAAUCUUUGCUUAAAUAUUAUUCGAACUUCAAGAAAAGUGGGCUUCCACACCGGUUGAUGUAUUAUUACCAUGGUGAAUGGAAUGAUUUCCCCCAGGAUAUUGUUAAAUCGGUUCAGAAUGACCUUAUCAUGAAGAAGACUGCUGUGGAGGUGGAUAUUAAUGGUAAUAUUGUUUUACUGGACUUCCUCCAUAUGAUGCAGAUGGACUUGAAUACUGGUCUGCAUCAACCUAUUGCAUGGAUUGAUGAGAGUGGAAACUGUUUUUUCCCUGAAAUCUUUGCUGAUUAUGACAAAGCACAAGGGUCCCACUAUGAAUUUGACGAAGGUCACAGUCAUCUAGUUUCUGAGCACCAGGGACCUGAAAAUAUCAAGUUACAUCUUGAGAUUGAAAUAAAUGGAUCAGAUGCUUUUGAGCGGAAGGAAUCUGUUGGGGAGUCAAAUGUUAAGCAAAUACAAGUUCAUCAGAAUCUUGCUGAAAAAGAUUGUGAUGAAGUUAAUAGUAGUUGUACCAGAGUAUCAGCUGUGGAAGUUGAUAGGAAAUCUGAAGAAAUAAAAAAGAUGGGAGGAAAAAUGGUCACGAUGGUUGAUCACGUACAGGGGUUUCUGAAUGCCGACACUGUAAAGAAGAUAUUUUUUACAGGUAUUGGCUCAUCUGCCUGUGCAGAAGUGGUUGAUGUGCGUCGUGGUUCAAGCACUACGAUGGAAGCUCGGUUAGAGCUUUUCCAGAAGCAGGUCGAAAUUACUAAAAUGUACCGUGGGGAUUCAAAUGUCCAGUAUGCUUGGCUUCCUUGUUCUAAAGGAACAGUCUCGGGUAUAAUGAAGUAUGGAGUUGGCCAUUAUGAGCUGUCUAAAAUUAAGCCCACGUAUGGGAUUGGGAUUCAUCUUAUCCCUGCUGAUUGCACAGAGAUCAGUGCAAGUUACUAUGAUGUUGACGAAAAUGACACAAGACAUGUAGUAUUCUGUCGUGUAAUAAUGGGAAACAUGGAGCUUGUUCAUUCUGGAAGAAAACAGUUCCAUCCCAGCAGUGAGUACUUUGAUAGUGGAGUUGACAAUCUUCAAAAUCCAAAGUGGUAUAUAGUAUGGAACACAAAUAUGAAUUCUCACAUCUACCCAGAGUACGUUGUUAGUUUCAAGAUGGCUUCUGAUGUUGAAGGACCUAAGGUUGAAACCGAGAGCAGGGUUGAUGUUUCAGGGAUCAGUUCUUGUUAUGAAAGACCUCAAGCCCGGCUACAUCUGGGUUCCCCAUCGACAGAAUUGGGAAGUGACUGUCAUCAUGCCUCGGCUGAAAUGUCUUUGAAGGAUGCUAUGGUUCCAAGUCCGAGUUCAUCAAGGGUUCCCAAGAGCCCUUGGAUGCCAUUCUCUAUGUUGUUUGCUGCCAUCUCGAAUGAAGUUCCUUCUAAAAACAUGGACCUUGUCAAUGCCUACUAUGAGUUAUUCAAGAAUAAGAAGAUAAAUCGGGAUGAUUUUGUUAAGAAGUUGAGGUUGAUUGUUGGAGAUGCCUUGUUGCGGUCUGCAAUAACUAGCCUUCAGUGCAAGAUACCCUCAAAAUCCAACAUAGAAAUGGCGACAUCUAAAUAG